GGCAUGAGGUUUUAGGGUUUGCGAGAGAGGGUUUUGGAGAUGAAAGGAGAGCGCAAGUUCGCGAUCACGUUCAGCCCGGAGUUCGUGACCAAGCUCCUCAAUGAGGACGACAAGAAGGUAAUCCCGGCCAAGCCGUUCACGCCAUCUCCAUCGCCACCGCCGCCGCAGCCGCGAUCUCUCACACCGCCGCCUAGGCCGCCGCUUCACGCAUUGCUGACGGCGCCACUCUCCUCACAAAAGCCGCCACAGCCUCCGCCCAAGAAGGAGGAGCAAAAGGAAGGAGAGAUCGUCUCAAAGUCUCAUUUGGAUUUGGGAUUGGAUGCAAGGUUCGGUGCGUCUGAUGAGGAUGAAUCCAGGGCUCGUGGUUUCGAUGAAGAUGGACCGGGCAAGGAAGUGGCGACAGAGAUGGAUAGACAGCAGCAGGAUCUUCGCAAAGAGGAGAUCGAGAAACAAGAAGUUGGCAUGGAAGAUCAGGAUGUGAAGCCUGGUGACGAGACGAGAAUCACUGCUGAAGUGCCCGCUGCUGCCGUCGCCAGGGAUUUGCAACCUCUGAUGGGAGUUCUCGAAAAAACUGAGAAGCACGGCGAGGAACUCCAGAAACGAGGUAUCAGUGAGCUCGAAGAGAUGAAGAAGAGAGCCGAAGAGCUACAACACAGGCACCGCAGCGACAGAUCUGCGCCGAGAACACAACCUUGCGCUGCUGAGAAGGACGCAUGCAUCGAGUGCUACCAAAAACUGGUACUCUUCACUUUCGUCUCCAACGAUUUCUCAUCUUCCUCUACAGGAUCCUGUGCGAUGCAAAGCACAAGCCGAUGCUUACGUGAGAUGCACGGCUGCGGCAUUUAAAUCCACGGUCUCGUGAAAGGAAAGGGAAAUCGAAGAUCUCGGUCGGAAGAUUGAUAAGAUCUAUAUAGAGUUUGUAGAAGAAGGAUUUUUGCGUUAAAACCUUCUCUAAGUAGUUUUCGAGAAAAAGUCCGAGAAUGCCUAUUUGUUUUUAAUUCAAAUUAAGGGUUUAACAGUCGAA